AUGUACUCCGUUGUCCAGCCGGCGGCCUCCGCGGCGGAGAUGCACGUGUCUGGGCGGAGCAAAAACAUCAAGGAAAUUGACCUCGCCGCGGUCUUCUUGACCCGAGAGGACAGGGAGAUGCUCGCCCUCGUCACCUCCUUCGACCUCUCCCACAACCAAAUUGAGCAGCUGCAGCAGCUCGAUGCACUGACGGCCCUGACGCGGCUCAACGCGAGCCAUAAUAAGCUUGCCGGGAUCGGCUGUCUCCCUCUCACAAUCACGGAACUGGAUGUGUCGCACAACAAUCUGCGGUCGCUUGAGGGCAUCGGCUGCCUGCCCCACUUGCGUGACCUGAACGUGAGUUACAAUCGUCUUCAGAAUCUGAUGCGACUCUCACGCUCGCAGCCACUGCAGGUUCUCCGUGCGGAAGGGAACCGUAUUGUGACGACAGUUGGACUUGAGAGCAUGGCGCAACUGCGUCUCCUGAGUCUUGACCACAACUUAAUAGACAACGCGAACGAGCUUCACUUUUUGGCGUCCACGCCAUCGUUGGAGAUGCUUUCCCUGCGAGAGAACCCGGUGGCAAACAUGAACGGGUAUAGAGCCCUUGUGGCGCGCCUGCAGACCGCUGUGCUCUCCUUGGACGGGGUGCCGCUCCUGCGCGCCGAGGCGUCGCAGCCGCCUGCCUCGAAUGCAAUGCGGCAAUCGACAACAACACGGCCACCACUAGAGCUGUCAGCGGCGUGCUUCCCCCCCGCGAGCAAGGCGGCGCCACUGCCUGCGCUCCCUGCAACCCCAACAGAAGGCUGCUUAACCACUGAGCCUGAUCGCCCGCAACGCGGCGUUGCCGGCAGCGUGGGGGGCCCCAUGCCCUCGAAGAAAGUUGCUCCCAGAUGCCCUUCGACAAGAACGGGUGUAGCGCCAGAAAAUGCCGCUGCAGACAUUCCGGCUUUGUCCGAAGACGGCCACAGCAACAGCGACAAUCUUCCACCACAGCACGAGUCUCUGAGACAGCAAGAGCAGAAAAAGCAGGGUAAAAUGAAUCCGCAGCUGUCACGGGAGACGGCGUUUGUGAAGUCGAGAGUUGAAAGGAGUGGAAAAGGGUUGAAGGCGAGGCCGACAUCGGUUAUGGAAGCGAAAGCAAAUGCUGCUGCAGUAGUACCAGUACCAGCACCAGCACCAGCACAUUCUCUGGAGCGUAAGCUGCACGAAACGGAGGUGCUACUAGAAGAGCUGCGGAAGGAAAAUGAGUAUCUUCGCACGCGCCAUAAGACGGUUGGAGAUCAAUUGAAGGAGGCCAGACGCGUGAUCACGUCCCAGCUUGACGAGAUGAACAGGCUGCGGUUGCUGUUGAGUUCAGCUGAAGAUAACGAAAAAAAGUUGAAAGAGCGUCUUGAUAAAAUUAAACGCGGCGCUCGUGUGGUUGACAGGCACUCGCACAAUACCGUGGAUGCGAUGGCGGUGGAAAACGAGCGCCUGAAGGCCGUGUAUGAGGCCCAAAUAGCCGACUUGCGUCAACAGCUGCGGCGCGCGCAGCGACAAAUAGCCUCCACUGUGACUGCAACUGUCUCGCAAGCAUCAGCGACGAACCGGACUCCGCCUCCACCACUGGCGUUGCGCCCCGUGCAGAAAGAGACGCAGUUAGAUGACACGGAAGUAGAGAUACAAGCGGUCAUCGUGGAUGGUGAAGCCGUUGCCGCCACCGGUGUGGAUACUCGCGGCAUGCCUCAUAGCGCUGCCCACGCCGAGGUGAAGGAGGAUACGCCGAAUCGCCACGUUGGACCACUCGCCACGGACAUUGGAAAACUUGCGGUUGAACUAAAGAACUGGUUGUAUGCUGAGAUGGCGGAGGAUGCUCGACGAGUGGAAGAGGAUCAUGUUCUCAACCAGCUGCGUCAGUCCCUUGAUGAGGCGAGCGUUAUGACAACCGAGUAG